UUCUGUGGUUUAUGAAAGGCUGUUGCUCCACUGAUGCUGGCAGGAUGUAGACUUUCUCAGCCUUCUUUGCCAAAGGAUAAGAGGACGUCAGGAGGGGGGCCAGGUUGUUUUGAAAGUUGUUUGUGUGUUGAAAGCUGGUGGGAAAGUUCAGGCUUCCCCAUUUGGAAAAGGCAAGGCUGGGUUCCGCUCCUCCAGCAUGCGCUUUCCAUUUUUAGCUUCAUUCAGACGCAGACAGCAGCUCCUUCCUCUUCCUCUCCUUGUUUGUGACACUUCUGAGGCAGCUUUUCCACAAGCACUAAGUGGUCCUGCGGCCAUGACCCCACAGUCUCUUGGACAUGGAAUAUUUUUUUCCCCCUUCCUCUCGUGAGGCAUUAAGGAAAGGAUCUGGAGAAAGGCUGCCACACAGUGUAGCUCGGACUCUGUGAGUUUCAAACUGCUUGUAAAAGGGACAGACUGGACAAUGAAAAUGGACAUGGAAGAUGCUGACAUGACUUUGUGGACAGAGGCUGAUUUUGAAGAGAAGUGCACGUACAUCGUAAAUGAUCACCCAUGGGAUCCUAGCACUGAUGGAGGCAACGUAACUCAGGCAGAGGCUUCCUUGCCAAGGAACUUGACUUUCAAAUAUGCAUCAAACUGUAAAGAGGUUACUGGAGUUAUAAGCAAAGAGUACAUCCCAAAAGGAACACGCUUUGGACCCCUGGUAGGAGAGAUCUAUACCACCGAUACAGUUCCCAAGAAUGCAAACAGAAAAUACUUUUGGCGGAUCUAUUCCAGUGGUGAGCUUCACCACUUCAUUGAUGGAUUUAAUGAGGACAAGAGCAACUGGAUGCGCUAUGUGAAUCCAGGCCAUUCUGUUCAGGAACAGAACUUGGCUGCUUGUCAAAAUGGAAUGAACAUCUACUUCUACACCAUCAAGCCCAUCCCUGCCAACCAAGAACUACUUGUGUGGUAUUGUCGAGACUUUGCAGAGAGACUUCACUAUCCUUCCUCCGGAGAGCUGACGAUGAUGAAUCUCACACAAGGCCACAAUAACCCAAAGCAGCAAAGCACUGAUAAAGAUGAACUUUAUCAGAAAAGCAUCCCAAAGAAAGAGCACAGUGUGAAAGAAAUCCUGAAAACUGAAUCCAACCCUUCAAAAGGAAAGGAUUUAUUCCAGACCAACAUUUCACCGAUUACUCCAGAAAAAAACUUGGAUGAUUUAAGAAAAAACUGUAGCCCUGAAAGGUGUUUUUUCCCACGGGUUAUCUAUCCAAUCCGACCUCACAUGCCAGAAGACUAUUUGAAAGCUUCCCUAGCUUAUGGGAUGGAAAGACCCAACUAUAUUACACAGUCUCCCAUCCAGUCUUCUACCACACCAAGUCCUUCAGCAAGGAGCAGCCCUGACCAAAGUUUAAAAAGCUCAAGCCCUCACAGCAGUCCAGGGGUUACUGUUUCACCUCUGGCACCUACUUCUCAAGAACACAGAGAAUCUUACCCUUACUUGAAUGGACCCUAUGGCUCAGAAGGAUUGGGGUCUUAUCCUGGAUAUGCACCCCCUAGCCAUCUCUCUCCAGCCUUUUUAUCCUCCUAUAAUUCCCACUAUCCAAAAUUCCUGUUACCUCCAUACAGUAUGAGCUGUAAUAACCUGAGCGCUUUGAACAAUAUCAAUGGCAUCAACAAUUUCAAUCUCUUCCCAAGGAUAUAUCCUCUCUAUGGCAACAUACUGGGUGGAGGCAGCCUGUCCCAUCAUGUGCUAAACCCUGCUGCUCUUCCAGGUUCACUGCCAUCUGAAGGAAGCCGUAGAUUGCUACAACCUGAUCAUCCAAGAGACUUUCUCAUACCAGCACCUAACAGUGCCUUUUCCAUCACGGGCGCUGCUGCCAGCAUGAAAGACAAACCAUGCAGCCCCACAAGUGGGUCCCCUCAAGCUGGCACAGCAGCUACUUCAGAGCAUAUAAUGCAACCUAAACCUACCUCAGCAGUGUUGGCUGCCACCAGCAGUGAAGAAGCCAUGAAUCUCAUUAAAAGUAAGAGGAACGUGACCGGUUACAAAACCCUUCCAUAUCCACUGAAGAAGCAGAAUGGGAAGAUCAAAUAUGAAUGCAAUGUUUGCUCUAAAACCUUUGGCCAGCUCUCAAAUCUGAAGGUCCACCUGAGAGUGCACAGUGGUGAGAGGCCUUUCAAGUGUCAGACUUGCAACAAAGGGUUUACCCAACUGGCUCACCUCCAGAAGCACUAUCUGGUGCACACAGGCGAGAAGCCCCAUGAGUGCCAGGUUUGCCAUAAGCGAUUCAGCAGCACCAGCAACCUAAAGACCCAUCUUCGGCUCCACUCUGGAGAAAAGCCUUACCAGUGCAAGUUGUGCCCUGCUAAAUUCACCCAGUUUGUGCAUCUGAAGCUGCACAAGCGUCUCCACACCAGGGAACGUCCACACAAGUGUGUCCACUGUCAUAAGAGCUACAUUCACCUCUGCAGCCUCAAAGUCCACCUGAAGGGCAACUGCCCAGUAGCCCCUGCCUCCAGCCUCUCAAUGGAGGAUCUAAAUCGUAUCAAUGAAGAGAUCGAGAAGUUUGACAUCAGUGACAAUGCUGACAAGCUGGAAGAUAUGGAGGACAAUAUCGACAUGACAUCAGUUGUGGAAAAAGAAAUAUUGACCAUGCUCAGAAGAGAAAUAGAAGGAGCUAAUCUUAAAGUAUCUUUGCAGAGGAACCUGGGAAAUGGACUUAUCUCCUCAGGAUGCAACCUCUAUGAAUCUUCAGAUAUGUCCAUUAUGAAGUUGCCUCAUGGUCAUCCACUACCUCUGUUACCGAUAAAGGUCAAGCAAGAAACAAUUGAACCAAUGGACCCUUAAGACUUUUUCUGGCAAAAAGUGAUUUUUAUUUAUGACUUGGCAAGUCAGGGUGCCUGUAGCAAUUGCUUGUACAUAGUGUCAAUGCUGCAAAGCAAUCUUGGCUUACAGUAGUUUCCCUCACUCUCUCCAGUUGAAAGAAGGAACUCCAAAGUAACUAUAUUCUCAGGGCAUGAAAAGAGGCAAAGGACUAUGUAUUGCCUCCCCAGUUACUAAAAGACAAUCAUCUAUCCAUAACUAUUUUUUCAAUUAUAGUACUUCAUAAUUUAUUAUGCAAUUUAUCAUUCUAAAAGCAAUAAUUAGAAAAUGUUUACAAUGACUGAAAAAUUCAUUGUAAUUUUGAAUAUAAAAGUUUAUAUUUUGUUUCAUGGCCAUUCUUUGUAGAUAUUUUUUCUGCACAUCUGUCUUAAAAAUUUAAGAUUGGGGAUAAAAAGUUAUUUCAGUAAGUUUGUCUAUGUACCAAUGUCUUCAAAAACAUGGUUUUUAUAUUGCCAAAGGUGAAUAUUUGAUGUAUUGAGUCAUAGAUCAAUUGGCUUGAAAAAUGCUGUGUACAUUCAGGAGUGGGUAGAUGUACAAAAUCCCCCAGAAAAGAAAAAGCAGCAGCAAGCAGAGAAAAGAAAAUCAUACUUACCUGUGUAUGGGUACUAGAGAUUCCUCAGCCCACAGCUCUACCCAUAACACAUGACAUAGCGAAUACCUGCCUAACAUGAAUGAUGCAAUGGUCAGGUGUUUGGAAAACAAUAGUAGUCACAUGUUAUGUCAUGAGAUUUUAUUAUCCAAAGCCAUGCAUCAACUGAAAAUGUGAAAAAGUGGCUGUGUUUUUUUUCAAAAGCCUCUUGAAACAAGCAUACAAUAAUUCCAAAUGUGCUGCCUACAAGGAUUUUUUUUUAUUUUAUUUUUCCCCAGAACCUUCCAGGGAUACAAAAGAUGGUCAAUUUCCCUGAGAAAUAAGGGUUUGCUUUUUGGGUUUUUUUGUUUUUUCCAUCCCACUUUGUCCAUGGACAAAAGUGGGGAAUGAAGUCCUUUCCUGGCACAUACUUUUUUUUUUCCCCCUUCCUGUACGACUUAGAUUUUCCUCAGUAUUUGUGUUUGUACAUUUUGUGGUUAAUUUAAUUAAAGAUGAAAAGGGCAUUGCAAAGUUGUUGAACAACAAUUACCUCAUUGCGUGUGUCCAGUGGUGCAGAAAAUGUUGUUUUAUCUAAUGCUUUGCUACUUUAGAGAAGAAACCAAAAUGUGCACAGGAAAAGAUAGAAUGCACGUCUUUUUAUCUUUUUGUUCUGCUAAGCCCAAAGAUAUCAUGUUGGCAUUUGAGGUGUAGCAAAGAAUACAUGUAUAUUUAUAGAUAUAUUUAUACCACUAUACCAUAUAUGUAUAUGUAUAUAUAUUUAUACCACUUAAGUUGUGAGCCAAACCAUGUAAUAAAACCUAUUUUUCAUCUAAGUGUGAAAAUCAAGUGUUAUCCAGCUUUGCAUAUCACCUGAUGACCUCAAAGCCAGAAUGCUGUGCUAAGGCAUUUGGCACUUGCUAGCACAUGAGCACAGUUGAUCACUUAGAGCCUGAUCUUGCAAAUCCUUAUGUGAAUAACUUUGCUGACAUGUGCAGUCUCACAGAAUUCAGUGGGAUUUAUUCACUUCAGAGCAUUUGCAAGACUGUCUUGGAUCCCUUGAUAUCCUUGCUAUAUGUCUUGUUAUAAGCAAACCACCAGGAAAGAACUAGAAAAGAAAUCAAACUAUUACCCACCCAUGGUAUAAAUAUAAUACGCAAUGGUGAAGAGUGGAAUGAAAUAGUUAAAGUUAUUUGGGAUCAUCCUAACAUCUUAUUUUGUUCUGCCACUUGAGUUACGUGGUCAUAAGCAACUCUCAAGAAAGCAAAUAGCAUUAUUAUACACAUCACCAUUAUAUAUAUUCUAGCUUUUUAUCUAUUUAUAUUCUUUUAGAUUUAAAUAGACCACUUCAUAAAUCCAGGAUUUUGUAUGGCAAUCUAAUGCCUUCUGCCAAAAAGGAAACAAACCAACCCAAAAAACCUAAGAUAAUUGAAUAGAAUCUUUAAAUACAAUUUUUGAAGGACUACAGUUCAUUACAUUUCUGCUCCUAUAAAUCAUGAAGCUGACAACUUUUAAGUGUAGCAAUGGUUCACAAAAAUAGUACUCACCUGUAGGAUAAACCAAAGUAUCACUACUCUGUCCCUGGACACACACUUUUCCUAUUAAUUGCCUGUAGUGCUUUCUUGUAUUUGAUACAAAUUUCACAAAGAUUUAUAUGCAUCAGCUUUAAGAAUUGUUACUUCUCUUUACCUUUUUUAUCCUUUCCCUUAGAACUUUUUCAUGUGAAUGUAGCAACAAUCAACAGUGUUUUAUUUCUCUCUCUCUAAGAAAAACUUUGACCAAAGUUAACAGGCUUUUUACUUUGCUAGAACAACAAACUUAUCUUAUGUUUACGUACUGGUUUACAUCGUUAUUUAUGUGCAAAUUGUCAAAAUGUAAAUUAAAUAUAAGUGU